ACUGUGUUUCUUGACUCUGGUUUGGAGACCAGUCCAGCUCGCCUGCAUUCCUCCUCUCUCCAAAGCCUGACCGAUAGAGACAGAGAAAGAAAGGAGGAGGGGGAGAAAACACAAAUUAUUAUUCACAACCGUGUUGGAUUUUUAUGAACCACGGAGUCGACUCGCACCGGACGCACCGACCAGAUCAGGCCACGAAAAAAUAACCACGUCAAGACUGCUGCUUUGGACCUAUAACACCGAUUAAAAAGGCGUGUUUUUCUUUCAUAAUGACGGGACUUUGCAUUGAUGUUCCUGUGUAGGUCAGCUAUCGAAAAGCAGCUUUGGUGAAACAGCCUACAGCCUUUCCACGGCGGAUAUCUCCUCUUUUUUUUAAUGAGGAUUUACAAGAUGGCUGAUGACAGCUAGCCCUAACAAGGACAGAAAAGCGACGUCCCCUUUAAGAUUAGCAGGGUGUAUUUUUGUAUUUUUUAUCAGUUAAAUUUACAAAUAUGGCUGCUUUUAAAAAUAAUGACUGUAGCCUUCAUUAGCAACGACCGUCCUUGUGGGGAAACGGAGCCGAUCUAGUGUUUAUCUGUACCUGUGCUGUGGUAGAAAAUGGUGAGGUGACGUCUGAGGUAAUUUACACGAUUUAAUCGAGAUAAGGAAGUAGAUAAAUAUGUUGUUGGCUAAAGGCUGAGGCGACAAUAGGUGAAUACGGUGGAGACCGAAGUAAAAAAAAAAGAGAGGCCAGAGCUGAGUACAAAUACUAAAGAUAUUUGAUAGAUGUGUCGGAGGGGGGAAACCAAAAGGCUCUGCAACAGCAGCCAACAUUCCUGCGGAUCCUAAAACCCUUUGUUUUGUGCGCAGGAGCUGGACUCGACUAUUAAAACGAUUAACUAUGCAGUAAACAGCCUGGAAAUGAUGGCCCGGGUAUGAUUUUCUGUUUAAUGAGAUUAUAAAGCCUUUGUUGUCGACAGAAAACUGGUAGAAAAGAAAAGCCGAGGCCUUGUGUACAGAUAUGCGAGCUGUGCCACAUAGCAGGCGUUAUUCAUCAAACAGAAAUGUCGCUGUUAUGUCAGAUUGAAGGGCUGGAGGUGCCCGUGUUGUUGAUCUGACCUGUGAGACAGUCUUUCUUGUCUUGUAUGUAUUAUUAAAUUGCUGGUGGAGGCUCCUCGGAUACUUAUUUAUGAUUCAGCGGACAAAAGCAUUGCGCUGCGUUGUGAUUAUUCAGAGAAUCAGGCGUCCUUGAGGUCCUGAUAAAAACAGAUUCAGGUUUUUUUCUUUAAAACAAACAAAAAAAAAAGCUCCGUGUGUGUGUUUGUGUGUGGAUAGUAAUCAGGGUGUGGACUCGAGCAGUCCUUUCUCAUGCUUUUCAUGCUUCGUUUGUUGGUCUGAAUUGGUCCACAGUCAGUCAUAAUCCGACGUUGAAGUGAAGCAAGCUCUCAAGACUCACUUUGAGAGUGUCAGGUUUCCUGUGAGGCCUAGAGGUCUGGAAGAAGUGGAGAACAGUUAGUGUAUGCCUGCCUGCACCAUGAUGGCCUCUGACAUGGCUGAGACGUGGAGGAACUGUUUUGAGGAGGAGCUCAUCUGCCCCAUCUGCCUGCACGUGUUCUCAGAUCCCAUCCAGCUGCCCUGCAAGCACAACUUCUGCCGGGGCUGCAUCAGCGAGGCCUGGGCCAAAGACUCCUCGCUGGCCCGCUGCCCUGAGUGCAAUCAUGCUUACACGCAGAAGCCCAGCCUGGAGAAGAACCACAAACUCUCCAACAUAGUCGAGAAGUACAACGCCCUGAGUGUGGAGAAGGCCACCACGCCGGCGCUGCAGUGCAUCCUCUGCCGCCGAGGCCCACCACUCCCCGCAGUGAAAGUCUGCCUUCGCUGCAACGCCCCAUGCUGCCAGUCCCACGUUCAGACACACCUGCAGCAGCCGUGCUCAGCCCUGGGGCACCUGUUGGUAGAGGCGGAGGCGGUGAAGGCCUGGACCUGCCCGCAGCAUGACGAGUACAGGCUGUAUCACUGUGAGGCCGAGCAGACAGCGGUGUGUCAGUACUGCUGCUUCGCCCGCUGCCACCCCAGCCACGGCCACGCGGUCACUGAUGUGGAGCUGAGACGCAACGACAUUCGACAAAGCCUGUUGAGACAGCAGGAGCGCGUGGAGGAACGAGUGCAGGAGAUCGAAGAACAGCUCUGCAAACUUGACUCUGACAAGUGUGUGGUGGAGGACAGGGUGUGUGAGCUGAAAGAGGAGGUGCGCCUGCAGUACCAGCGGAUGCACCAGCUCCUGGAGGAGGAUCUCGGUCGGACACUGGAGGCUCUGGACCGGGCUCAGGCUCGGUUCUGCCAGGAUAACGCUGCCCAGGUUUUGGCUCUGGGAGAGCAGCGCCACGAGGCUCAGAAGCUGCUGAGCUCCAUCCACACGGCCUUCAGUAAGGCAGAGGAACUGAGCUUCAUGAAAAACACCAAACCUGUUAAAAUCCUCACAGACAGGUCUCAGGCAUGUGUGGGCAGCAGUCUCCCUCCUUACAAAGUCGGGAAUCUAAACUCUAAACUAUUCCUUUCUGAAAUCUCAAAAAGAGAGAAGAGCUUGAAGAGAACGCUGGAAGCUCCCCUCACCCCUCCCUCGACCUUCCUGCAGUCUGUUCCUGCGUAUCCCAGCGGUCAGAGCUCUGGCUCUGGAGCAGAGAAACGGAAACAUUCCACUGCCUUUCCAGAGGGAAACGGGAGCGUCGGAAAAACCGCCGCUCCAGGUUUCAAGGACUCCUCCUCCUCUUCGUCAUCUUCUUCCUCAUCUUUAGCUAAGCAGCCCUACCUGGGCUCUGGCUCGGCCUCCGGAGAAGGCCAGUCCACCAAUCAGCAGCCGCUAGGCCCCUGCGGCCCGCCUCACAUCAGCGAGAGCGGCGGGACAGGAAGCGGAAGCGGCUCGCUGACUAACCAUCAUUCAGGCUCCGUGUUCAGCUCCUCGCACUUUGCUCCCGGAGGCAGCAGCUCCUCGCACUCCUCCCAGCAGGCCGUGCUGCCUCAAUACGGCGGCCGGAAGAUCCUGGUGUGUACAAUGGAUAACUGCUACUGCUCCGGAGUGCCCUCGGUGUCGGGCCACCGCAGCCAUCCCCCGUACCCACGCUCGGGCUCCUUCCCCUGGGUCAGCGCCCAAGACUACCCCCCUCCGCCCGGCCUGGCCUCUGGAGGUCCGUCCAUGCAGGGCUUGGCAGUGAGGGACUGGAUAGACGCCUCACAGACACACAGACAUGCAGAUUUCUACGGGCUGUAUGGGCAGCCCUCUACAAAGCACUACGUCACCAGCUAACAGAGUAGAGACACACACACAUACACGCGCACACACACACACACACACACACACUUGGAUAUAGAGACAGGCACCAAAAUAGCACACCUUUACUGACUUAUCAACUGGAAAAAACACAAUGCAGUUAUACUAUACACACAUUAAAAUAAAUGUUUAUAUCCAAACACAGACCUAGAGCAUGUACACACAUUCGGGGGCAGGGUUGAUCUCUUUGUGUUUUUAUUUUCUUCCUCUCUUUAUUUUCAGUCAGUGUUUCAUGUAGUGUAUUAUACGUAAAAUGCAUAAACAGCCAACCGCUCACUCUGGCACAACUCAGCUCAGCAUUUUACACUCAAACAAGAAAUCAGAGAGGCGCAAGAGGAGAGAAUGAGAUGCAUCUUUUUAUUUAUAGAGCAGAAGAUGGAUUGAGAGAAAAUGAACUUUUAAUAGAAAAUCUUCUCAUGCCUUCGUGGCUUCUCACUGAGGCUGAACGGAAAACAGAUAAUACCGUGCAGUGUUGAGCUUUCCAGUUUAGCACCUCAUGUUUCUCUGAUAUAAUCACCCCUCCAGUUGUACUGAGGUCAGUUGCCUUAUGUUGUUAGCAUCAUAUUUUUUCUCUGCCCAGCUGACUUAGUUUGAUAGAUCCUUUAAAGAGGGGCCACGGUCCCUUCAUGUCUCUUGAUUUUUAUCAUCAUGGCAUUUCUUCCUUUCUUUGCUGAGUUCAGGGAUGGAUCGUACGGCUUGAACACAAAACGCUCUUCCAUGGAACACCCACAAUGCACUUGUGGACGCCUUGUUAUGCCUGGACUACAGAUGCUUACCCACAGAGGGACACUAGAGCUGCAUCUGAAGGGCUGGUUGACCCAGGCCCUCCGAGUUUUCUGGGAAUUCGCCCCUUAUUCCUAGCACUCCCUUACUGCUGCCAGGCUUCCCACAGGACAGAAAAUCUUCUGACAAAGACUGUUUCCAUUUAUUAAUUACUAUGACUUUGUGUUAUUUGGUACAACCGUAGGUUUCAUGAUUGUCUAGAGAGACUCUGAUUAUAGAGAAAAAGACAAGACUGGACAGACCAAACCAAUCAAGCAUCUGGAGGAUCUGAUGAUGCUGUAAUUGUACUUCCUGCAGGGCAAAGAUGUCACUUCCUCUCAAUAAGCACACAAGCUCUUGGCUUCCUGUUUGCAGCUGAAAGCAUGCAAGGAAGAGGUUUUUUUUGUUUGUUUUUUUUAAGCACUCAAAAAGAAGAACAAUGGUGGAAAAAAAAACUGUAUGCAGUUUUAAAAUGAGUGUAUGAAAGAAAAGAAGGGUGGGAGGAAUUUUUUUCAUGAACUUUUUCUAAAAGAACGAGACUGGACUGCGAGAUGUAAGCAAUGGUUCGUCAUCCUAAAAAGGAGCUGUUACAACAGUCAACAUAAAGAGAAAAAAAACAACAUAAAAGUAUCUUUUUUGUAAAUAUUUUGUGAAAUGGAAAAAUUACAGACGUGAUUUGGAGAAGGGUUCCAAAUAAACAAACAAAUUUAAACCGG